AUGGCUGGGUACCUCCAGGCUAAUAGUCAAGCUGAGAAUUUCAACAGAACCCUUCUGCAUGGUUUCAAGACUCGCCUACACCCAGCAGGAGCGUUUUGGGUAGACGAGUUGUUCGGUGUCUUAUGGGCCUAUCGCACCACUUCGAGGUCAGCAACUCAGAAAACACCAUUUUUCUUAACCUAUGGGUUUGAGACCGCUGUCCAUGUAGAAUUUUACACCUUAAAUCCUCGAAUGGCGGCUUAUGUUGUCAAGGUGAAUGAUGAAGAACAACGGGCUGACCUAGAUUUGUUUGAGGAAAAAAGAGAUGUCUCGACAGCAAGAGUUACCUUGUAUAAAAAUAUCCUCGCUAAUUAUUACAAUGCUCAAGUCAAACAUCUCUGCUUCCGACUAGGGGACUUGGUUAAACGUAAGAAUUUGGCAAGUCAAAUCGAACCCCAGGAAAAAUUAACUCCUAGAUGGGAGGAGCUUUACCGGGUUGUCAAGUCCAAUCUUAAUGCCUAUUGUAAAUUUGCCUACUAA